GUUUGGACUCUGAGAAGGACUGCAAGGGCUUAGAGCAGCAUUUGUGACCUGGCCUAAGGAAGACAUGGUCAUCUGUCUAGAGAAAGUGAAUAAGGUACUGUGUGUCUUGCUGACAGUAGGAGGGACUAUGAGGGUGCACUGCAGAACUUUGUAACUUUAGCAUAUAGGAUCAUUAUAAGCUGUAAGACACCCUGAGAGCGUGAAAGAUGAGAACUUUGAUUGUACUUCUGUGGGCUUGUGUGCACGUGAGUGUGGAUGCAGUUGCCCUUUCAAGAGCACCAGUUCGAAGGAAAACCAAAGAAAUUGAAGGUGGUCAAGACAAAGACACAGAGUUGCUUAGACGUUCCAAAAGAGGGUGGAUGUGGAGACAGUUCUUUCUCCAAGAGGAAUACACAGGAACGGACCACCAAUACAUCGGCAAGCUUCACUCAGAUAUGGAUAGAGGAGAUGGCACGGUAAUAUACGUUCUUUCAGGUGAAGGUGCGGGGACAAUCUUUGUGAUAGAUGCCAACUCUGGAGAUCUGCAUGCUACAAGGAGCCUGGACAGAGAGGAGAAACCGUACUACGCUCUCCGAGCUCAGGCUGUGAAUAAGAAAACCGGCGUCCCGCUGGAGCCAGAAACAGAGUUUAUUGUCAAACUACAUGACAUCAAUGACAAUGAGCCGAAGUUCGACAAAGAAAUUUAUACAGCAUCCGUACCUGAGAGGUCACAUAUUGGCACUUAUGUCACUCAAGUUACUGCCCAGGAUGCAGAUGAUGAAAUGUUUGGCUACAGUGCAAAGCUGAUCUACAGCAUCAGCCAGGGUCACCCAUACUUCUCUGUAGAACCAAAUACAGGCAUAAUCCGGACAGCUUUGGGUCCUUCCGACAUGGACAGAGAGCAGAGGGAGCACUACCAGGUGGUGAUCGAAGCCAAGGACAUGGCCGGCCAAAAGGGCGGCUUAACUGGCAGCACCACAGUCAACAUUAGCCUUACUGAUGUCAACGAUAAUCCCUCUCGUUUCACCCAAAGUAUAUAUCAGUUCAGCGUUCCAGAGCUCACUGAGACGGGAGCAUCAGUUGGCAGGAUAAGGGCUGUGGAUGCCGACAUCGGCAAAAAUGCGGAGAUGGACUACACCGUUGUUGGUGGAGAUGGCUUAGAUGUGUUUGAUAUCAUCACAGACCGGAACAACCAAGAAGGCAUACUUACCAUUAAGAAGCCUCUUGACUAUGAGAAAAAGAAAUCAUACACGCUUCAGAUCCAAGUGCAGAACACACAUCCAGACCCGCGAUUCCUGAGCUUAGAUGCUAAGGACAUGGCCACAGUCCGGGUCAGUGUGGAGGAUGUGGAUGAGCCCCCUCAAUUUGAAAAAUUCAGUUACAUUUUAGAGGUGAAAGAGGACGCAGCUGUGGGAACCGUCCUAGGAUCAGUCAGUGCCGUGGACCCAGACAUAAGACGCAGUCCAGUCAAGUAUACCAUUGACCGACAUACAGAUGUGGACAGAAUUUUUAGUGUCUAUCCUGGGAAUGGAUCUAUAUACAUGCAAAGGCCUCUGGACCGAGAAGAAUCUUCUUGGCAUAACAUCUCAGUAAUUGCAGCUGAGUUCAACAACCCUCAGCAUACCAGUCGAGUGCCUGUGUACAUCCGUAUACUGGAUGUCAACGAUAACCCCCCUAUGCUGGCAUCCUUCUACGAGACGUUCGUCUGUGAAAAUGCAAAAGCAGGCCAGAAAAUCCAAACAAUAAGCGCAGUGGAUCCAGAUGACCCGGCCGGUGGACAUCGUUUCUUCUUCUCUUUAGCAUCAGAGAGCUCAGUGCGAGCAAACUUCUCAGUUCGAGAUAAUGAAGACAACACAGCUGGGAUCUUUACACGGCGGACUGGAUUUGGCAGAAUGCACAAGAGCACCCAUCUAGUGGCUGUAGUGAUCUCAGAUGGCGACUUUCCAAUGCAAAGCAGCACAGGCACGCUCACAAUUCGUGUGUGCACGUGCGACCGUGCUGGCAACAUGGAGAUGUGCAAUGCCGAGGCUCUGACCAGCUCUGCUGGACUCAGCACGGAAGCACUCGUGGCCAUCCUGCUCUGCAUUCUUAUACUGCUCUUGAUCGUGGUGCUGUUUUCUGCCCUGAAACGUCAGAAGAAGAAGGAGCCCCUGAUCAUCUCCAAAGAGGACGUGAGAGACAAUGUGGUCAGUUACAAUGAUGAGGGUGGUGGUGAGGAGGACACCCAGGCCUUUGACAUCGGAGCACUUCGCCACCCAGAGGUGAUGGAGGAGAGCAAAAUGCGGCGGGACAUCUUGCCCUCCGAAUCUCUUUACCCCCCACCACCACCACUCCGUAGGACCAUCGCGCCGUCCCGUGACAACGCCAAUGUGCGGGACUUUAUCAACCAGCGUGUGCAGGAAAACGAUGGCAACCCCACAGCUCCUCCUUAUGACUCGCUGGCCACCUACGCGUAUGAAGGUAACGGAUCAGUGGCGGAGUCGCUCAGCUCACUGGGAUCUGUGUCCUCAGAGGAGGUGCAGGACUAUAACUACCUCAGCGAGUGGGGGCCACGCUUCAGGAAGCUCGCCGACAUGUACGGUGGAGAGGACAGCGAUUGGGACUCCUAACGGACAUCUGGCAGACUGCGGAGCAGAACUCAUUUGCUGUGCUGCCUCUAACUGAAGACUGGAGUGGCAGAAUGAGGAAGCCUAAUUUCUUUACAAAGUGCCCUUUCAUGCUUCUCAUUGUCCUACAAUCAGGCACUCGGUUCUCCAUCCUGAUUGGCUCUGCAUUUUCUCUGCAAGGCAGAUGCAAAAGAUGAGAUGAACUUCACACAGUGCUACGGAGGAUGUUUCUGUACGUUCCUGACUUAAAUUUUCUCAUAUGCACACGUGCUCUCUCGUGCUCAUCAGAAAGAGAUCAACUGCGGUGACAUCUUUCUACAUAAUCCCAGAUUUUUCUUGAGAUGUACUGUAGACAACACUCAGCAUUUGCAGAUUUCCAUAUCUGUAACCAUCACUGAAAAAGUUAUUUUGAAAAGUCUACCAUCUGAUCAUGCAGACCUGCUCUUCAAACACUGGUUCAAAAGAAAAGUUUAUCUGUACACUGUGAGCCUGUGAUACACUUGAACUGAACAUUUGUAGGCAUGCUAUAAACCAUUUAUUAAAAGGCCAAGACCAAGUUCUAUUUUAUUUUAUUUUUUUAAGUAAUGUGACCAAGGCUAAACUUAAGCCAGUGAAUUAAUCAUCAGAUUCUAUGUGCAGCAGGGAGCUCAGAAUCAAAAUGUUCAAGAUCAUAGAAGUCGCCUAAUAACUGGGAGGCAUUUUGAAACCCUAACUAUUCAUCGUUUGCAUAAUUUAACUAAUCUACUUAUGCACUCAAGAAAAGAUGUGUUGUCCUGUAACCAGAAUCAAGACAGAUUGUUUGAACUCCAUGUAGAUCUAGAAAAAUGGGUCAGGAUAUGUUUCAUGGUUGGCACUGGUUUUCAUCAUCCACUUGAAAAAAAAAAUUUGAGAAGCUUACAAUUAUCUGCUAUGUCAUUGGACCUAAAUGUGUUUUGCUUGAAUUCCUUAAGCAGUCUGGCACACUUUUGCUUGAACUCGGAACUGCUUAGUAUUACUUUCUCCUUAUGAGAGACACAUAUUCACACAUUCCCUUAAAGAUGUGCUGCAAAAUGUAACAUUCCAGACAAUUAUCUUAAAAAAUUGUGUAAGCAUGUCUUAGUGCGAUCUAUUCUCAAUGAUUUUUUUGCUCUCCAUUCAUAAAACUGAACAGAGAGAUCAAACACAAUACAGUCAAACCAACGAAAAUAAUUAUACAUUCAUACCUUUACAUAGAAUUACUGAUCAAAGGUUAAAGUGAAUCACUUGGCCAUGACUGCGCCCUCUCAUCAGUCCACAAAAUGAGCCUGAGAUUGCGUUCACCUCUGCCUUUAGAAAGGGUGAAGACAUCUCUGAGGACUGGUUGAGCAGGUAAAUAUUUGUGUUUUAGAAGCAGAAUUCUGAUUUCUCUUCUUUGUCAUUGAUAUGCUGUAAAAUAAAGAAAUAAAAAAACAGGAAAAAAGAUUGUUAUUCAUGCUGUCAAAUCUUGGUUUAAUGAACAGUGCUUUGUACCAGUGGCUUUGGAAGAGUAGAUUUUGUCCAUGUACUAAUUUGCUUUAUAUCUUGUGAUAUUUUGUACCAAAUAUUUAUAUACUACGAUGAUGACUAUAUAUUAUUGAAAUAUGUACAUUCUUAUUGUAUUAUUGUGUGUUAUGAUCGUGUUAAACUGUAAAUGUAAGCAAGUUGUAGUUCAUUUGAUGAUGUGCAAAUGGAUUUAAACUUUCAUUAAAAUAAAUGUUCUCUUUUAC